AUGAAGUUAUCUGGAGGUCUCAAAAGCUUGCUCAUUUUGGUGAACCUUGGCUUGGCCUACCCCUUCGGCCGCUGGGAUGUCCCCAAGUCGCUGCGUCGUCAUCCGCGUUGCCCUCCUCCGAGCCUGUUCUACCCGGUCCACGGCCUUCUGGAGCCGGGGUGCCCAGAAUCGGAGGCGCCGCUGCAGGGGCGGCCCCGCCAGCGCCCAGGCCAGAGGGAUGCCGCCUUCGCGCGCGUCCUUGGGGCCGCACUGCUUCUGAUGCAGCCCAGAGCCGCGCCCGCCCUUCCAGCGGCCCUCUCGCACUGCGGACCCCCGCCCAGCUCGCCCUCGACGACCCCCCCCCCGGGCUGCAGGGCUGCCAAGCCAGGACCCCCCCCCAUCCCCGCUUGCACUUCUCCUCCCUGGAUGCAAGGCCCGGCGCUGCUCCCAGUGUCAAAGGCCGCCUCGUCCCUCUCUGCCCACCUGCGGCUGCCGUCUCAGCCUGCCCUCGUGGGGGACGGCCAGGCCUCCCCGCUCUGGGUCGCCCACAACUUCGACGCGAGACCCCGCCCUCCCAAGGACUCCCACAGACUCGGCAGCCGUGCCGCCUCCUUGCGCCCGGGCGGCGAAGAGGGAGGGCGGAGCGGCCGCUGUGGCCCGCGCCGCCCGGGCGGCGUGCCUGGACAGGUGGGGCGAGGGGCAGGGCAGGGCUGGGGCGGCUCGCUCGCUCCCGGGCUCCCGCUGGCCGCGGAGGCGGGCCCUGGCGUUCGGCGCCGGGCAGCCCAGGCGCCGCGAGCGCGGGCUGCUCUCUGCCCUGCGCCCGAUGGGGCGGGCGCGCCGAGGAGGGCGUCCCCCGCCGGUGCCUCUGCUGCCGCCGCCGCGGCGGAGAUGCCGGCAGGCGCCAACGCCAGCUGCCCCGACUGCCGCGUCCCCCGCGAGGCGCGCCACGCGCUCGCCGCCGUGCUCAUCGUCACCAUCGUGGUGGACCUGCUGGGCAACGUCCUGGCCAUCCUGGCGGUGCUGAGGAACCGCAAACUCCGCAACGCUGGCAAUAUCUUUGUUGUCAGCCUGUCCGUGGCAGACCUCGUGGUGGCGGUGUAUCCCUACCCUCUCACCUUGGCCGCCAUCUUCCGCAAUGAAUGGACCAUGGGUCCCGUCCACUGCCAGAUCAGCGGCUUCCUCAUGGGCUUGAGCGUCGUUGGCUCCAUUUUCAACAUCACCGCUGUCGCCAUCAACAGGUACUGUUAUAUCUGCCAUAGCCUCCGGUACGACAAGCUCUUCAACCUGAAGAACACCUAUGGUUACCUUUGCCUGACGUGGCUGCUCACCUUGGUGGCGACCGUGCCCAACUUCUUCGUGGGCUCCCUGCAGUAUGACCAUCGCAUUUAUUCUUGCACUUUUGCUCAGUCAGUCAGCGCGUCCUACACCAUCGCCGUGGUGGCGGUCCAUUUCAUCAUCCCUCUCUCCAUCGUGACGUUUUGCUACCUCCGGAUCUGGAUCCUGGUUUUUCAGGUCAAGCACCGGGUGAGGCAAGACGGCAAGCAGAAAGUGAGAGCAGCCGACAUUCGGAAUUUCUUGACCAUGUUUGUGGUGUUUGUCCUCUUCGCGGUGUGCUGGGGGCCGCUGAACUUGAUCGGCUUGGCCGUCUCCAUCAAUCCUUCCAAAAUCAUUCCGCAGAUUCCAGAGUGGCUUUUUGUGGUGAGCUAUUUCAUGGCUUACUUUAACAGCUGCCUCAACGCUGUGAUCUACGGCCUUCUCAACCAGAAUUUCCGGAAGGAGUACAAACAGAUCCUUCUUUCCCUCUGGGUUCCACGGUUGCUGUUUGUCGAUGCCUCAAAAGGCGGGACAGAGGGAAUGAAAAGCAAACCCUCCCCGGCUGCGACCAACCACCACCACCACCAGGCUGAACUCUACUUGUAAACGGAAGGGAGAUGAUUUGUUCUGUUACGUCUGAAUAAUGCCACGUCCAGCUCUUGCGCUGUUUGCUCCCACAGGGCCCGUCCCUGCCAAGCCUUUUACUCAUGCAAACAAUCCCACCUCCUUCUCCCUCUCACCUCUCCUUUCAAACGAGGCUCUCAACCUUCACCUGAGUUGCUGGCAGAGGAGUGCACGCCAGCUUCCCCCAACCUGAGGUCCUCCAGAUGUGGAUUGCAACUCCCAUCAUUCCCAGCCAGGAAUUACGGCAGGUGCAGUCUAACACAUCUGGAAAGGCACCAGGUUGGGGAAGGCUGCUGUAGCUGUAAGGCCGGAAGUUUCCUCUUCCAAAUUUGGCCCUGGCCACAAACUUGCAAGAUGGC